AGCGGCCAAUUCCAAAUUUACAAGCGACUACAGGCAAUAGAAGCUUUCAGGAAAGUUGGUACUCGAAGAAAGAUUGGCUUUGUGGUAGCUCAGAAAAGAAUGCAUUAUUCUGUUGGCCUUGUCUUUUAUUUUGCCCUGGAUCGUCAUCUUCAUGGACGCAGACGGGAUUUAAAAACAUGAAGAAUUUCCUAUCCGAUUGUAAGAAGCAUGAGAAGGCAAAAUCGCACAUGGGUGCCUACAAGACCUGGAAGACCUACGGUUUUCAGCCUCGUAUCGACUGUAUCAUGUCACAAACUAGACGUGAAGAGAUUCAGCGUCAUAACGAGGAGGUUGAUGAGGCAACUGAUGUUUCUACCAAAGAACAAUUGAGUGUAAUUGUUCGAAUGGACAAAGGGGAAAGUGUCAUUGAAAGACAGCUUGGGUUUGUUGAUGUUAGUUGUGAUAGGACUGCAACUGCUAUAUCAUCAGUAGUUAAGGGUUGGGAUGAUGAAACGUUAAGUAAGGUUACUGGUUUACUUGGCUACCUUAAUUGCUUCUUGUUUUGUUUCUUGGUACAUGUUUUCCAGAGAAUUCUUUAGCAGUCAUCCAUACUUUAUUCUAUCUUGCAAGACAAGGACACUGACUUUCAUUAUGGAAUGAGUAGGUUUGAGAGAUUCAAGGCCUUUGUUGCUUCUCUGAGAAAUGAUACAGUAUGUUGACCUGGAUGUUGACAGGUGUAUGACCUGGAUGUUGAGAAAGUGGGACCACCAGUAACCAGGUAUGACCAACGGCAUAAUUACAAACAAAUGUAUUUUGAAAUUCUUGACACAAUUGUGACUAUGCUGACUGAACGAUUUCAGGAUAUGGAGCGUUUUAGAUUUUUGACCUUGUUAACCUAGGGUGUUUAAGAUGUGGAAAGGUGAAGUGCCCUCAGAAAAGAUAAGUCUUCUAAAGGAGGUUUAUGGUGAUAUGUUUGACAUACCAAUGCUAGUUAGCCAACUUUGUUUUAUUUACAGAGAUAAAGACUUUCACUGUGAUUCAUGCGAUGAAUUAUUGAAAUAUAUUUUUCAGUUCCAUUAUCAAUCUAGUAUUCCAGAAGUUGUAAAACUGUUAAAGAUAAAUGGUGUUUUGUCAAUUACAAGUGCUUCAGUUGAGAGGUCAUUUUCUUGUUUGAAGAGGGUAAAAAAUUGUCUUAGAAAUACUAUGAGCCAAGGACGUUUUAGUUCUCUUUGCAGGAUUUCCAUUCACAAAGACAUAAUGUCAGAGAAAGAAGACGCCUACACAUUGCAUGAUGAGGUAGUAAAGAAGUUCAUUGAAAAACCACGAAGACUUGCUUUCUUAUACAAAUAGGUAUUCAUAUAUAUUACAUCUCACUAUGUAAGACAUCAUCAGCUUGCUGAUGAUGUCUUACGUCCAUGGCAUGUGAGAAUUUUUCCGGGAACUUUUUAAUGCAGUCAAUGAUGAUUGUCAUUUCAGCACGACAAUUUCAUCACAACUUUUGAUAGUUGUUGAUGACAAAUCUGAGCCUUUUUCGGUUCUUUUGCCAAAGUUUCUUUACAAGAUGUACAUAGGUAUCUAUUUAUGUAUGUGUUGUUGAGAAAAUAAAUCACAUAUCUG